AAUGGGUCUGUUCUGUGUGAGUCGCCGGCGCUCCCUCAGCCUGCUCCUCGCCACCUGUCCUUGACUUGCUGAGCUCAGAGCGAGGCUGAGAGGAGCUCUGGUGAGCCGCUGCAUCCUUCACCCUGUCACUCCGUGGCUGCUCCUCUCUACCUGUGGUGCUUCGGAGGGAGGAAGGACUGUCCUCGGCCGGCGGAGCUCUGAUGGGAGGCGGCGUCGACUCGGGCUGGGACUGGGGAUGCUGAACGGGGGGAGGGAGGGCCUGUUUGAGCUGGGACAGCAGCUCCAGCAGCAGGGGGAGUACCAGGCCGCCCUCCACUGCUUCCUCAGCUGCCUGCUGGGACUGACCCAUGUGCAGAGCUUCACCUCUCUGCCCAACUGCUUACACCAGAUCGCAGAACUCUUCAUCACUGAAAAGAAUUAUGGGAAGGCGCUGCAGUUCAUUCAGGCCGAGAAGAUGUUCUACGAGGUGGCAUUGAUCGAGCUCACGGCUCUUCAGGGGAGCGCCGGCCCUCAGGAGGAGGCCACGCUGGGCUCGGCGGGAUGGACCACCCCCGAGGAGCUGUCGGAGCAGGCCUCGCAGGCGCAGCACCUGGAGCGGCUGGCGCAGCUCUGCAUCAUGAGCAAACAACCUCAUCUUGCCCUAGAAUACAGCGGUAAGGCUACAAAGAUUCACCAGAGGGCCUUCGGCAACGACCAUCCAAUCACAGCCCGGAGCCUGGAGCUCAUGGCAACAGUCUACGCCGAGAUCGGCAAGACGGAAUACUCAGACUCUCUGGGUCAGUGUGUGUCGGCGCUGUCCAAACGCUUCGCUGCUGCAGAGUCCCUCAGAGACUCCGUCAACUGUCUUCCUCACUCCCACCGGGAGAAGCACUCGGAGGUACGCCACCGAAAGGACGGCCCCCACCAGCAGGAGGACGCCCUGAGACCCAAGGUGACCAACGGGAAAGUCCCCACCUCCAUCCUCAAGAGGCCCAGCCCCAACCGGUCCGACUCGGAGCCCGUCCACAGACGGAAAGGCGAGCGGAGAGUCCGAUUCAGGGAGCCGGAGACCACAGUGCACGCGUAUGAGACGACGCCGUCCCGCCCCCACCUGGCCCUCUUCACCUGCCUCUUCCUGCUCAUGUCCUUCCUGGGCGUGGCCAUGUACUGCACGGACCGGCGGCGGCCGCAGCGGGCGUGCGAGGAGCUGGAGGCGGCGCUGGCCGUCUACCUGCUGCACAUGAAGCAGCUGCUGUGGGGCUGCUGGAUCUGGCUGACCAUGCAGUGACACGGACUGACCACAGGGGGAGACAUGGAGCCUCUUUUAUUUAUACCCCCGCCCCCCUUCUUCGUCUUUUAGCCCCACGGACACCUCGGCCCUCGGGCACGGCCCUGUCCGCUGUCUGUGGCGCCGCCGCCGCCGCCGCAGUGACGGAGGGAAAUCCUGUAAUCCCAGAAAUAUGUAGCUUCCUCGUCUGUUUGUAUAUAACGUACCGAGAGCGGCGGGCGUGCCGCCACACGUUUAACCCGAACUGAUGUUUUGCACACCUGCGAUGUCGACGCCCACAUAUAGCGCUCACACACUCUCCUCGGUCACGUGACUCUGUGAGCGGAUGUUUCCAUGGAAUGCUCCUCCUCUUUUGGUUUUUCUUUUUUUAAUUUUGUAACUGAACGUGAUCUGUGUAUAUCAGACAUCACACACGGCUGAAUGUGUAUAUAUGGAUCAAUACUCUAAGGACUAUCACAGUAUUUAGCCUUGUAACUGCACAUAAAUGAAUGUAGAGAUGUUCCGUUAGAGGCUUUGAUCGGCACGCUGCACACCGGAGAGACGUGGCUGCUCCUUAUGGGAGGAACGGCGGGGCGGAACCCGGACUGGAGGACGACUCUCGUCUCAUUCCCGCCCCGGACGAAGGCCGCCGCACAAUAUUAACCGUCAUCAGAGAGAAUAACACUCAAAGUGGAGGAACACGUUUCCUCUUCGAAUCCAACCAAAAGACCCUCAGAGUCCUGUGUCCCUCUGUAUCUGAGCAACGAUCCUACUUUUAUUAUUUAUUCUUAAUUUUCUAAAGACUUCUUUUGUUACCUUCUAUUUCCAACAAGCCAGGUUUUAAUUGUGAUGUCAGAUUCACAGUGUGAAUGAAGGAGAGUCGGGAAGAGUGUGGAUUCAACUGAAAUCACCUCCAGAAUAUCUGUUUGAGGCCAAGAAGAGACACAGAGCAGAGGCAGAUGUUGUAUAAGUCCCUUUAUCAAAUGAAGCAGUUAAAAGUCACACAGCAGAGACGAGUCCGUGGUUUUCCGAGUGUGGGUCUGCUGCAGCUUCUCCCACGCUUGAUUUUCUUCUUCUUUUACAGAUUUCACACGUUAACGUUUCAAUCCUCAACAAGUGAUCGACAGUUAAAAUGGUGCCGCGUCAGCUCUGCGGCGCCCCCCGGAGGACGCGCGCUCCACACUUUGAAAACCACCGGACUACAUGGGGUCAAAGGGCGCAGAGAUCCUCUCACCGCGAGCAAUAACACACAUCCACACGGUUUCCAUUAAAACACAGAAGUUUAUAUCACAGGUUUCAGGGAAAUGAGGCGCGCCGGGUCGGGGGUGGAGCUCACAGGAAGUGACUCUGUACUGUCAAAAUAAACCGUCAUUAGCAAUAAAAUCCACACCCGGUCGACUGUACGUGCACACGGAGCUCAGAGCCGCUUCUCGCCGCCGUCCAGAUCAUCUACGGUCACUUUGGAAGAAGUGCCUUUACGGAGGGUUUCCUUUCUCUUUCUGUCUUUCUUCCUUCGUUUCUACCGUUUCAAUGAUUUCACCUGUUUCAAAAUAAAACUGUCAUUGCCUAUCGAAGUCAAA